CUGGGACUAUGAUGUCUCGUAAACUAGACGUGAAAUUAAAACUCGAAAUGUAGUCUUAGCGAAAAAAAUUGUUUUAUUAAAUAAAUAAUAUCAUACAUUAUUAUUAUGAAUUAUUUCAGAAUUAAGUCUUAAUUUAUAACAUAUAAUUUAUAUGUAUUAUGCGCAGGUACCCAAAAGAUUUAAAAUGUUGUUUAUUUAGUUGAAUUUUCUUUCAAUCAAUCAAUCAAGAUAAACAACUACUGUGUGUAACUUAUGUAUGUGCUUGAAAGAUGAACGCUAAAAAAUCUUGUUCAAUGUUUCAAUAUCUACAUUUGGACUAAUUACAUAUAUAUAUAUAUAUAUAUAUAUAUAUAUGACAGCACACAUAAACACAAUCCUAUACAUCAAUCGCUUCACGUUGUGUAAGCCAAAUACAUCUAACACUGAUCGGUUACGAGUUCACCAAUUCCCUCUGCAUCUCCUUUUUUUUAACGUAAACCAGUUGAAUAAUCAUUUUCAAAUAGAUGAACCAAUCAGAAUUAUAGUGAAUGUUUAGUGAAAGGUUUUUGGUGAAUUUGUAGGUCACUUAUAUACAUAUAUAUAUACAUGUUCGGUUUCACUUUGGCAUACAGUUAAUCAGGCUUCAUAAUUGUAAUUGUGAUGCGUUCAAUCAACAUUUAUCUAAUAUCAUUUCUCUGCAUCAGUUUAUUAUUAUUCCUUGAAAGUGGCUAUUCCCAUGAAAGUAAUCCUAGUGAAGUUGAACAUCAUAAAUUGAAAGAAGGACCUAAUGCCGCUGAUAACCAUCAUGACGAUAAUGACGAAACAACAAAUGAAAAUUUCAGUGGGCAUCAUGUGGGGUAUAUUAAUCAUCCCAACUUUUCACAUCACAGAUCUUUGAAACGAAAACAUCUUACUAAAAAAUUUUUCCCAUGGAAUUUUCGAUUCACACGACCUAAAUCUCAAGAGAUUUAUGUAUUCAAUACAGAACGUUAUAGUAAUUGGUCAGAAUGGAAAGAAUGUCUACCUAUGGAGUGUAUUGAAAUACGUUAUCGUAAGUGUAUAGAUGAUUCCUGGAAAACACUAUCACCGAAUCUUAUUCAUACAACACGAUGUAUAUCAAAGUAUUAUGCUGAAAAACGUACAUGCUUGAAUAAAACUCAGUGUAAUGAAUACACUGGUGAUCAAAUCAUAAAAAACUUGUCUGAUACAUGCGGUAUACGUCCGAAUGAUCAAAAAGUUUUACCAAAAAUACUUGGCGGUAAACCAGUUGAACCACAUUCAUGGCCAUGGGCUGUUCGUUUAUCAGUAAAAUUGCCUCGUCGAAAACCAGUUACUUUCUGUGGUGGUACAUUAAUUGCACCUCAAUGGAUUUUGACAGCAGCACAUUGUGUUCUUGUUGAAAAUAAGCAUAUCCCAGUUGGAAAACCAGUUCUGUUAGCAGAUCAUAUGAAAAGUACAAUCUAUGCACAUUUAGGUGAUCAUGAUAGAUUUCAUCAAGAAAAUGUGCAAAUCGACUACCGUGUUACUGUUGCAGUACUUCAUCCAAAUUAUCAUCGAAAAUUACAAACAGAUGGUUAUGAUAUAGCCUUAUUACGUCUUUCAGAACCUGUUAAAACAAAACCUGAAAUCGAUUUCGCUUGUUUACCACCAAAAGACUUACAUCUAAAUCCAAAUUCAAAAUGUUAUGCUGUUGGAUGGGGAAGUAAUAAAGGCGGAAAAGUUCCCACCUUCGAUAAUUUACACAGUAUCCUUGAAUCGUUAUUUGUACCAUUUCCAAGUUUCUUUAAUUCACCAUUUGCAUUCAGUAGAGAAUCAAGUCUAUGGAAUUUGAAGGCAGAAACAGAUGAUUCAACUAAAGUGCUGCAUGAAGUCCAGUUGCCAAUUGUACCAAUGGAAGAAUGUCGUAGACAUUAUGCUGAUAUCAGCUCUAAAGUUCAUAUUUGUGCAGGUGCUAAAAACAAAGAUACAUGCGCAGGUGAUAGUGGUGGAGGUCUCUACUGUCAGUUAGGUGAUACAAAUCAAUGGUAUGUAAUCGGUGUCACCAGUUUCGGUUUAGCUCGUGGUUGUGGUUUGAAUCCUGGUGUCUACACGUCAACUUCAUCGCAUAUCGAAUGGUUAUCGAAACAGUUAGCAACAAAAGUGUUUAAAUAAUUAGUAAGAAGAGAGAAUAUGAAGAAGAAGAAAGAGAAUAAAAGUUAUAUAUUUGUUCACUCACACACACACACACAAACACACACUUAUGAACAGACAUAAUUAGUAACAAUGAUGUAACAAUGUAAUCAUCAUUAUCAUUAUCUAUUUGGUUAUUUAUUCUGACGAGUCGAUUACGCAAUUACUGAUGAUUUAAUUUAUUACUGAUUUAUGUAAAGAAAGAUUAGUAUACUGCAUAAAUAUUGUUAACUAAUUACGUCAGCCUUUUGUUCAGUAUUGUCGCUGGAUUUCAUCAUGAGCUGACAUUUCGGUUAGAGAACCAUUGGAAAACCACCA